AAUAUUGACAUCGUUUCUCCUUCAUAUAAAUACUGCACGUUUCCAACAGUUUAUCCCCAAGUUUUCAAGGCACAUAUUGGCAUCAAAACAGAGGGUUCCUUGAUAUGUUCCAAAUGUCAAUGAUUUGCUAUCUGCUAUAACUACCUACCUAUGACCGGCUUUUGCUGAAUACGAUGUCAAACUCAAACUUGCCUCGGGAUGAAGGGAGCGGGGGAGCUACUCGGUACUUCCUCGCUCUAUCAACAGACCGGUAAAUAGGAAGCUUGAGGUGUGGAACCUCGUGAACUUGAGAUCUUCCUUCAUUCACAGAAAGGGCUCAAGAUCAUAAUUACUAUUUGAAAAUGUCAGAUAUGCAAUCCAAAGUUAACAGUCGACUCACUCAAGUCACCGAUUUCUUAACCGGCAACAAGACUGCCACGACCAUUCCAUUCGACCCUACUUCCACCAAGUUUCCCAAUAGAAAGGAUGUUCCACGAAGAGAGGAUGCACCCGAAGGAGCUGCGUGGGUUUGGGGGCCUGAUGAUUAUAUUGGAAGAUUAAAUCUUCUCACCCCAGCUCGAGUCACUGCCGCAUCCAAUGAAAUCCAAAGCGGGGAGAUUGUUCCAUUGAACCUCCCUUUGAACGUACCAGAAGUACCAGCUUUUCAUCGAGAACCGUUUGAGCAUAGCAUUAAAGAGCUAGCUCCGGGAUUGGCGUAUGAUGAUGUAUAUUCAUUAAACACACAAUCAGGUACACAAUGGGAUGGUUUCAGACAUAUUGCACACAUGCCCACAGGCAACUUUUAUAAUGGGACUAAAGGGAAGGAUAUAAUUGGAGCUGAAAAGGAUGAUAACAAAUGUGGAAUUCAUCAUUGGGCUGAGCAUGGCAUAGCUGGUCGCGGUAUCUUGAUUGACUACUGGACGUAUGCAAAGGAGAACGGAAUUGUCUAUGAUCCAUUUGACUAUCACACUAUAUCCUACGCAGAAUUGCAAGCUGCCGGAAAAGCCCAAGGUAUCGAUAUCCGCCCCGCUUCCCAAGGCGGCAAUAUUCAAAUCGGAGAUCUGCUUUUCAUUCGUUCGGGCUUCGUAUCUACAUACCACAGCAAAUCACCAGAAGCACGAAAGGCCGCUGCUCUCAGACCACACGGAAUCGGACCUGAUGAUGGUCAGAGGUGGGCCGGUCUCAAGCAAGAUGAGGAUAUGCUCGAUUGGUUGCAUGAUUGCUACUUUUCGGCUGUCGCAGGUGAUGCGCCUGCUUUUGAGGCUUGGCCAUCGCAAGAGCAUUACAUGUUACAUGAAUAUAUACUCGCCAUGUGGGGUAUGCCUCUGGGAGAAAUGUUUGACUUGGAGAAAUUGGCAAAGAUGUGUAGAGAAAAAGGAAGGUGGAGCUUCUUUGUUACUAGUGCUCCGAAUCACUGUCAAGGAGGUGUAUCCAGUCAUGGAAACGCAAUUGCUAUAUUUUGAGAGUUGGCGCAAGUGUAACUUGUCUGUAUAUCUUCGCCAUUCCUUUUUGGGGGGUAUUUCAUCACAUUGCCAUGUGUGGUCAAUAUAUAGUUUUCUUCUUUCCAUAAAUAUAUACAUUGUAUCCUUUAUCUCCUGCCCCUGAAUCAAAUCAGACUCAUCAAAUC